AUGCACGAAUUAAGCCAGAUCCCACAUUUAAAUGGAAAUGUCAAGCAAAUAUGUGCUCGACUUGAACAUGAUCAAGCGUCCGAUAGCGCUAUCAUCAAAGAACUUUCAUCAUGUAAUAAUAUUAUAGAACAGAGGAAAAUACUUUUCGAAGGUAGUAAAAUUAUUAAUGAACAAAAUUCACCAAGAAGGAAACAGAAGCCCGCUGUAGCACGGAAACUAUGGAAAGGCCCAACGCCUCUACUUCCUCCAAUGAGUCCAGUGCACCGUGAAGAUGGUUUUUUUCCCAUUAAUACUGCAAGAUUACAUAACGACAAUCGCAUAACUCCAGCAAGUUCAAGCAUCGCUUCGGAUUCCGAUAGUCGGUGGCAUCAUGCGAAAGUGCGAAGUGCAGUUGCAUUUUACGAUGAUUUAGUUGAAACCGGACUGAUGGUGUCACCAACUGUUUUUCGUAGUCCAAGAGAUUCAUCACUUGACCAACAAAUUUCUAUGAGGUCGUCGGUUAUUUCGGAUGGUUCUUGGAUAGAUUUCCAGCUUAGUAGUCCACUUUCUAGUGAAAUAGAAUCGUUGUGUUCGGAACAAAGUUUUGAUUGUUCUGAAGAAAGAGCUGAAAAUACAAAUGAAAAAACUUUGAUUGCGGAGAAAAAUUUCGAAUCAGAUGUAACUUUGACAUCGAAAGAUGUGAUGGUGUAUAGUUCGAAUAUUGCUGGCAAUUCGAAAAUACGGAAAUCAAGGAAUCUGGAAUCGAAUUGCGAACUGUUGCUUUCUUGCGAUUCUGAAGCUACGUCAUCAAGGCCUAGUAGUGAUGCUUACAGCUUAACUAAUACGCUUUGUCGUACUAGCAUAGUCAGCCCAACAAUUAUGGACACUGUCUACAACACCGGUUCUCAGGAAGAGGAUCAGAGAUUAAAGAAGCUUCACUAUGCUGCAGUCGAGAUUUAUACAGUUGAGAAAAAAUUUGUUGAACAACUGGAACUUAUUGCUGUGAAAUAUCCUGAAUUUUUGACAAAAUAUGGGAAGGAACUGGGGAUCGAUUUCUUAAAAACGCUACCAAAUGGAUAUCCUCAUUUGAUCAAUCGGAUAGCUCAACAGCUUCUGAUGGUUAAAGAAGCACAUAAGUUUUUGUUGGAGAAAAUUUCGUCGAAAAUUGAGAAUUGGGAUUCGAGAGUUCCAAGUAUGGCAGAAUGCUUAAAAAACGGUGCUGGCUUAUUGAAAUGCUGUCUACCUUACCUCAAAGAAAAGAGGAAGCAUGUUGAUGAUUUCAUCAGACUGCUUCAAGAAAAUGAAGAAUUAGCUCGGGCAACAACAAAGUUCGAGGAAGAAGUAAUGGGAAAAAUAUCUAUAAUUCAGCAACUUGAUAUUGUUCAUCAAAAUGUUGUGCGUUAUACAAUUUUACUAGAGGCAUAUAAAAAGCACCUAGUGCCUGAAUCUGACGAAUUGGGAGUAUGUAUGGAUGCAUUGGUGCAGUUAUCAAAAGUAUCAGAAUUAGUUGAUCGGCAGAUUAGUCGAGCUGAAUUGGAAAAACGUUUAAUUGACUUGUAUCGACAGCUUGAGGGAAGGUUUAAUGUUUUCGAAGCAAAUCGUCACCUUUUAUUUGAAGGCGAAUUGAUGAAACAGUCGCGGAAAGAUUUACAGCCGCGUUAUUUGAUAUUAUUCUCGGAUGUGUUAUUAAUUUGUAAAUAUUCAAGAACACCUUCGCUUGGAACAGAUGCCAAUUUUCAUUCUGAAUUUUAUAAAUUUCUUGUUUCUCGGAUUCGUGUUAAAGCAGAAGAACAUGGCGAAUACGAAACUCAUUUCCAGUUGUACACCACACAGAAAAGUGCCGUUUUUAUCGCAAAAACGAAGCGAGAAAGAGAUGAUUGGGUGAAACGAAUCAGCGAAGCAAAGAUGGAGGCAAAAGAGCUUCGUCACAUCAAAGCUGCAAGAAAUAAGAUCCUCAAUGUUCGAGUAAUGCAUGUAGAUGAGCCAACGGAUGAAUGCACAUCGGAUACGAAGACAUCAAACAAUGGAUUAGAUAAUGGUAUCUCACUGUCCAUUACUGGGAAGCACAAGUAUACACCAUUAUGGAUACCUGAUCCAAAAGCAACAUCAUGUAUGAUGGCUGGCUGCUCUACAAAAUUCAACGUUCUGAAUCGUCGCCAUCAUUGUCGUGAAUGUGGAUACUUGAUAUGUCGUUCUUGUGUUGGUUAUGCUCCAGUCAAAACUAGCAGUUACUAUGUGCGCACCAAAGUUUGUCCAGAAUGCUAUGUUAAAAUCACCAAAAAAUGGAAAGGAGACUUAGGAAAUACAACUUUCACAGCUCCGGAAAAUGAAUCACUUACUAAAACUAAUGUUCCCAGUCGAAAUGCCGAAGGAGUAGUAUCUGGUACUGUAUUUCUCAGGAAUCAAAAAGGUGGUGAAAAUGAAAAGUGGGGUCGGCUUACAUCGCAUGCAGAUGGUGUCUUAGUGCUUUGCUUUUAUGAUGCGGAGUUUGAUGUGGAUCCUGUGGCGCGCUAUGUUCUUAUAGGAUUUACACUUUGUGUUCAAGAAUUAGAUGAUGGUGGUCGUUUGUUUGAGCUACGGCAUGCUAAUCAAGUGAACAAGAGUAGUUGUAUUUCACUUCAUUUUCGAGUUGCACAUUCAGGAAGUGCUGAAAGGUGGUAUAAGAUGCUAAAGAGAGGGCUGGGAAAUGGUAUUACUAUAUAUCCGUAA